AUGAGGGUUUUCGGGCUGCUCGCUCUCGCCGGCGCGGCGCUGCUGCUGGCCGCGGCCGGCACGGCCAGCGGCAGCGUGGCGUCGAUCGUCACGCGGGACAUGUUCUACUCCAUGCUGAGGCAGGGCCACCACGGCGGCCGCGGCGGGUGCGACGGGGGCGCCUUCUUCUACGCCUACGACGCGUUCGUGGAGGCCGCGAGCACCCCGGACCUGGUGUCGAGCGACCCCGUGGUGGCGUUCAAGACGGCCAUCUGGUUCUGGAUGACGCCGCGACAUGGGGCGCAGAAGACGCCGUCGUGCCACGCCGUGAUGACCGGCGGCUGGAGGCCGUCACGCAGGGACGACCGUCGCGCCGGGAGACUCCCAGGGUACGGCAUGACCACCAACAUCAUGAGCGGCGGGCUGGCGUGCGGCAAGCGCCACGGGACGCCCCAGGGCAGCGACCGUGUCUGGUAUUACAAGAGGUACUGCCGCCUGCUCCGGGUCCGGCUCGGCCGCAACGUGGCCUGCAUCAACCAGAAGCCAUACGGGCACGGAGGCUGAUCAGUCAGCGAGUAGCUCAUGGUUGCUCGCUUCAGUACGUGCUUGCUGGUGACAAGACAAGAAGAAGAAUAAAAGCUAUGGCAAACUGCAGGGCAAACACCUUUGAGAGUGUGUUCUUCCGUAAGAGAUGAUGGUGUAUGGUCA